UCAAGAACCCUAAAAACAAAAUUCUCUCUUUGGGUUUCUUGCUGGCUAUGGCGCUUGUGGGCGCCUUCAGGGCAUCACGGGCGCUACGGGCGCUGGCGGGGAGAUCGGCGGCGGGCGGCCUGGACUGGAAGGAGAUGGACCACUGGAUCGAUUACUGGAGCUUCUCGCCAGAUGUGAAGACUGAGCUUCUGAAGCUCAAGCAUCACAUCACGGAGACGGCGCAUCGCAUGGACGCAUUGUUUAUCAAGGAGAAGCAUGUAAUCGACUGGGAGGCUCACAGGAAGGUCUUGCCUGCUGAAGUUGUGGAUCUUUACCAGAAGACUUACGAGAGCAUAGAAGUUCCAAAGUAUGUGGACGAAGAUCGAGAGGAGGCCAUCAAGAUGUUUGCCGACCUUGAACAGAAGGCUAUCAAAGCUGACGAAGAGUUUGCUGCCGCGAGAGCAAAGCUGGAGGAAGAAGAGGAGAAGAUCAGAAAGUUCAAGGAGAGGUUACCGACGAUCACAGUCGACGAGGUACUGGCCGAGCACCCAGACAUCAAAGAAAAGAUCGACGCAGAGAUCCGGGCUCUCAACUGGGACUACGCGCCGCUGGGAAGCAAAGAAAUAGCCAAGUGAAGCAAAAGGGAUGAUCGAUCCAUCAAGAAGAAUCUCUGGAACCCAUCGCUCGAUAGUUUGCAGAGAUCGCGAGCCGAGAGAAGCGAGAUAAAGACGAAGAUAAAAUGGAACCAAAAAAUAAGCUCUGGACACGUCAGUGCCACGUUGGCCAAUCUUUUUUUGACGCGCCAGCAUUUAGCUGAUUAUGUGAACACGUCAGCGCCUAGGUGGACGCUUUGAUUCC